UUCUCCCCGCGGCGCCGGCGCCGAGCGCCCCAAAUCCCGGAGUUCCCUUUGCUGGGAACGCUCCGGAUCCAGCCCCGGAUCCCCCACCCCGCGCUGGAGGUCGGGAUCCCCCCGGAGCGGCUUCUGGAGAUUUGGGAUCUGUCUUACCCCGGACCCCCGCUCGGAUUGCGGGAUUUUCGGCGUAUCCCGUCCUGGAGGGCACCGCUUGGAUAAAACCAGGGAAUUUGGGGAUUUUUUUCGGACCGGAUUUGUCACCCAGGGGUCAAUCCAGGCUCCAAGCCCUCGGCUCCCGCUCCGAAUCCCGGGAUGGAGCCGCUGGCUCCCGUCGCCCUCCUGGCCCUGCUGGUGCUGGCCCUGGCACAACACGACCCCGCCCUGGACCGGCACUGGGAGCUCUGGAAAAAAACCUACGGGAAGGAAUAUCAUCCCAAGGAGGAUUCGCUCCGUCGCCUGACCUGGGAGAAGAACCUGCGGCUGGUGACCCUCCACAACCUGGAGCACUCCCUGGGGCUCCGCUCCUACACGCUGGGGAUGAACCACCUGGGAGACAUGACCAGCGAGGAGGUGGCGGCUUCGCUGACGGGGCUCUGGCUCCGUCCUCGCCCCCGUCGGAAUUCCGCACCCCGGCCCCAAUCCCGGGCGCUCGGUGACGUCCCGGAGGCGCUGGACUGGCGGGACAAGGGGUGCGUGACCGAGGUGAAGAACCAGGGCGCCUGCGGAUCCUGCUGGGCCUUCAGCGCCGUGGGAGCGCUGGAAGCUCAGGUGAAGCUGAAAACCGGGAAUUUGGUGUCCCUGAGCGCCCAGAACUUGGUGGAUUGCUCGGGGAUGUACGGGAACAAGGGCUGCGCCGGGGGGUUCAUGACGGAGGCGUUCCAGUACAUCAUCGACAACGGCGGCAUCGAGUCCGAGGAAUCCUAUCCCUACACGGCUCAGAACGGGACGUGCCGCUACAACGCCUCGGCCCGCGCCGCCUCCUGCUCCGGGUUCCUGGAGCUGCCGCAGGGCGACGAGGCCGCGCUCAGGGACGCCGUGGCCACCGUGGGCCCCGUGGCCGUGGCCAUCGACGCCACCCGGCCCAGCUUCUUCCUCUACCGCUCCGGGGUGUUCGAUGACCCCCAGUGCUCGCAGGAGGUGAACCACGGGGUGCUGGUGGUGGGAUACGGCUCCCUGGAAAACAAGGAAUACUGGCUGGUGAAGAACAGCUGGGGUGUGCGGUUCGGAGACGCGGGAUACAUCCGGAUGGCGCGGAACGCCUCCAACCUCUGCGGCAUCGCCAGCUACGCCUCCUACCCCCUGGUUUAACCGGAGCCGCCGCCCCGCUUUUCCAUGGAUUCCGCCGCUUCCCAGCGCCCCGGGCCUCGGCCGGGGGUCGGAUCCACGGGCUGGGGAGGGAAUCUUGGGAAGCGGGAAGGGGGAAUGUCGCUGACGGGCAUCCAG